UAACAAACUAACAAUCCUUAAAUCCACAAGAAGGAAACGUACCUUAAAUCUCUCCCCUCCUAAACAAUCCAAUCCAUCUAUCCCGAUGGCUCUGAAAAUUCAGCUCACGUCCCCUUUUUUCUACUCCGCUUCGCCCGUCACUCUCUCCACCUACAAACUCACCACACGAAUCUCGUGCACCGCCGCUGGUGACGGCGGCAUCAGUGACGCGAGGCUAACGUCAGAGUUUGCGCUUAGGGUUGCGAGAAUGAACGCGCAUUCGUUGAAAGCGGAUGAGGCGAUGAGGAAGAGCAGAAAGCUCCUCUUCGGAGAGCUGUGCGAGUAUAUGUGCCUCAACGAAGAGAAGGCCCAAGAUAAAUGGAGCAGCAUGGAUGAAGACGAGAAAUUGGUUUUGGUGAAAGCUUUUCUUAAGGAGUGGGGUUCGCAUUUUCAUCCUUUGUCCGCCAGGUCCACUAAAGCGAUGUUGGAGGAAUAUCUGCUACAGGGGAACGCACCUCCCAAGUCUCCUAGUUCUUCCUCCUUCUUUUCGGGACUCAAUAGGAUUAUUGGUUUUCCGUAGACAGUUACUCCAUUUAGUUGGACUUCAUACUUCAAUUUGGUUCCUUGUAAUUUUCAUUUUCUCUUUCAAAAUAAACAAAUUGGGCAUGGGGUUGCAUGCCGUUAUAGAAGAAAUGUACGCCAUUCUUUAUGCAGUAAAAUUUGAAGGGUUAAAUGGUA